UAUUGGUUUUUCAGAUUUUUCUGUGGACACCAUUUUCAUGUUGAGUUGAACCUUUUUUUCUAAAAUAUCAGUUUUCAAUUACUUCAUAAUAUAUAUUAACAUAUUUUGUGUAGUGUGGCUGAGAAAAAUAUAAUUUUCAUGAAUUUUAUGUUGUAAGUUUGUUAUACCCAUACAACAAAACAAACAAUUAUGGAUCUAUCAAGUAUUCUACCAAACCCAGUGCAACCCAUCUGGGACAGGGACGAUGAAAGGAAGAAAAGAGCCUCCUUAAAACCCAGUACUGCCAUUGUUUCAGCUCAGGCUAUCGCGCCCCCUUAUGGGCAGCGCAGGGGCUGGGUGCCCCGUCACGUUCCAGACUAUGGAGAUGGUGGAGCUUUUCCUGAAAUCCACGUCGCUCAAUUUCCCCUGGAAAUGGGCCGUAGAAAGGAUUCCGCCUCUAAUGCCUUAGCAGUCCAGCUGGACGCUGAUGGCAAAGUUAAAUAUGACGUCCUUGCCAGACAAGGACAUGGAAAAGACAAAAUUGUUUAUUCUAAACUCUCGGAUCUUUUACCUGUUGAAGUUGUAGCGGAAAACGAUCCUUCCCUUGAAAAACCUUCACAAGAAGAAUUGGACGACAACACGGAAAGGACCAGACAGGAAUUGAUGAAAAUUACAAAUUCCAAAAUUGCUGCGGCUAUGCCUGUCCGAGCAGCGGACAAAUUGGGACCUGCACAGUUUAUACGUUAUACACCGUCUCAGCAAGGGGCUGCUUUUAAUUCUGGUGCCAAACAAAGGGUUAUAAGGCUUGUGGAGGCUCAAGUGGAUCCUAUGGAACCCCCCAAAUUUAAAAUUAAUAAAAAAAUUCCAAGAGGACCUCCAUCGCCCCCUGCCCCAGUACUGCACAGUCCCACCAGAAGAGUCACGGUCAAAGAACAAAAAGAAUGGAAAAUUCCUCCGUGCAUAUCAAACUGGAAAAACGCAAAAGGUUACACUGUGCCUUUGGACAAACGAUUGGCGGCUGACGGGCGAGGUCUGCAACAACUGCACAUCAACGAAAAUUUUGCAAAAUUAGCCGAAGCGCUUUAUAUAGCUGAUAGAAAAGCUAGGGAAGCUGUGGAAACUAGAGCUCAGCUAGAAAAGAAAUUGGCUCAAAAAGAGAAAGAGGCCAAAGAAGAGCACUUGCGUCAGUUAGCACAGAAAGCUCGUGAUGAAAGAGCCGGAAUUAAAACUGCAGGUGGCGGAGGACAUGCUAGAAAUGUUGACGAAGAAGAGCAAGAAAGAGAACUACUCAGGCAAGACAGGCAUAAAGAGAGAGCAAGAGACAGGAAUCUUGCUAGAGCUGCUCCAGAUAAAAGAAGCAAAUUGCAACGCGAAAGAGAACGUGACAUAUCUGAGCAAAUUGCACUUGGAAUGCCAGCCAGAGGAGUUUCUUCAAGUGAAACUCAAUUUGAUCAAAGACUAUUUGGACAAGCAAAGGGCUUGGGACACGGGUAUGGGGAUGAUGACGCUUAUAAUGUAUAUGAUAAACCUUGGAGGGAAGGAGGCUCUAUGGCCAAUCACAUCUAUAGGCCCAGCAAAAACAUUGACAAAGAUAUGUACGGAGGUGAAGAUUUGGACAAAGCUAUUAGAACAAAUCGUUUUGUGCCCGACAAAGAAUUUGGGGGUACAGAUAGAUCUGGAACGGGCCGCAGUGGGCCUGUGCAAUUUGAAAAAGAAGAAGAUCCUUUUGGUUUGGAUCAGUUUUUGUCGCAAGCUAAGAGAGCCAGUAAACGCAAGGAGCCUGAAAAGAGGGACGAUAGGGACAAGAAAAAGAGGCGAGAUUAAAAUUGAUUGAUUCUUAUAGGAUUUUAUAUCCUUUUAUUUCAAUAAUAAUUGAGUAAUUAAUUAUACACACAAUUUUGUUGUAAUAUUGUAAUUAAAUUUAAGAUUGACUUUUAAAAAACUUGUUUUUUUUUUCAAGUAACAAGAAGUCAUAGUCAUAGCAUUUAUUUGUUCCACAAUUGUAAAAUAAAAAAUCAUCACAAAAGCCCUUUCAAACAUAGAAUGUGUCAAUUUGAAAUACCUAAAUCUAAUAUUACAAACUAAAUACUAAAAUACAGAUACUUAUUUGUUUAAACCUCGUUCAAUUUUCCUCCACUGAGUAGUAAGCCCUCUGAAGUAAGUGGUUUUUCAACUUAUGUUUGAGGGUAUCAAAUCGCAAGCUUUGCCAAUUUGUAGGUAGUUUGCUAUAGAUUUCUAUAAUUGAAAAUUGAAUGUUUCUUUUGAAUAUAAGUAAAAUGGCUUCUCACAUUAACAAGAUCAGUCCUUUACCUUGUAUCAUAGCAAUGUCCUCUAAUGAGAGAAAAAGGUCAGGAUGUUGCUUAAUACAAACAAUGCUGCUUCCAGGAUAAAGAUAAAUAUUUUUUAUUUGGACUCAUUAAAAAUUUGUAUUAUAUUUCAAGGCUUCAUUGAAAUUUUCUUAAGGUCAAUGGUCAAUUUUAAAUGACAUAAAUAUCCUUCUUCCAACUUGAUUAUUAUGGUCAUCAAAAAUUUAAUGUUAUAUUGUAAAGUGGUUUUUAAUUAUUUGUAGGAGACAUUUAUUGAUUUUGGCAGCAUUGAAAUUUAUCAUUAUCGUAAUAUUACUUACGUAUUGAAAAAAAAGUAAUAAGUUACUUGCACAAUGUGAUAGCAAAUUAAAUCUAAAAAAUUUAAAAGCGCGCCAAAACAGCUACCUAUUUUGUUGUGACUUCCUUACAGUAAAUGGGGGUGUUCGUUAUAGUACAAUUUUGCAUUUUUGUUACGUAAAUUGUACAAAAGUUAAAUAUUUGUAAUAAAGCGUUAUUUAACUUCACUUGUUUGAUGUUCAUUAACUCUUUAUUAUUUAUUUAUUCUUUAUCAUAUUCAACAUAAUAAAUACUAAUUUCCUUAUUUAUUUCAAAUGCUGGGUCAGUUACACAAAAUAUGCCUUUAUUUUUUCCAAAUAAAUGCAUUUGAUUUGUAAUUAAAUUUAACUUUUAAAUUUAUCGGAUAUUGUUUCACAAAUAAAAAUAACUUAUCCACUGUCAAUCAAUGAAUUAACUAUCCAACUCCAAAUAUACUUUUCAAAUUAGCCUCUUUUGGUGAAAGCCUAUUUAAGAUAAAUUUGAAUGUUUUUUUUUUUUUUUUUCAGUUCCAAUUUAUAUGCAUAUUAGUUAGUUAUAUUCGAAGUGAUAUAACUUUACCUAGGAAUAACAUUGCAACGCCGUCACAACUAACCCAAUCAAAAUCGGUUUUGGUUCUGAAAAUUUGAAUUUUGAUGAUUUUCAAUUUUGAAUUUCCCAGAAAAUAAUCUUUCAUUAUUUGUUGUAAGAAGGUUUUGGCAGCAUAAAAUAUGUAUAAAUACUUAUGCAGUGUGCGCCAUAAAGUUGGGUACAUAUGGGAAAAAUCUUAAUUAUUCUUUUUUUCAAAAAACUUUUUUUGGGGAUCGUUAGGGCAUGUUCGAUAAUCAAAAAAUCGAUUAUGACACAUGUCAUGUUAUUUUUCUGAUGACCAUGUGCAAAAAGGGACAUGGGUACAGUUAUAGCGACACGACCGGACGGUAUUUUCUAAUUUAUGCCCUUCAAGUGUGUAUUUCGCAACACAAUCGAUUCAUUUGAUAUCAAACUUAUGUAGUUUAGUUGAAUAAGGCUAUUUUUGAAAUAAAAUUAAUAUUUUCGAUUUUCCAUUUAAUGGUAUGGGUAAAAUAAGUAGUUUUAUUUUUUUUCUCUGAUUUGCUUCAAAAUCGGCAUGUGAAGUUCUUUUUGAAUUCUGAACAACUUUUUCUUAUAAAUUUUUUUGAUAUCUUGUCAAAUUUACCCGUUUUUCGACAUCAAUAUCAACUUUUUUCAAAAUUCCCGCUUAACCGAUAUGCGCAUGACAUGUGUCAUAAUCGAUUUUUUGGUUAUCGAACAUGCCUAAACGAUCCCCCAAAAAAGUUUUUUGAAAAAAGGAAUAAUUUAGAAUUUUCCCAUAUCGUCAUUAAUUUCACAAAGUGACGUAUCUCAAUAAAACUCUGAUUUGAGAUACGACACUUUGUGAAAUUAACGACGAUAUGUACCCAACUUUAUGGCGCACACUGUAUAUACAGGGUGUCCCAAAUUCGCGGGUGAGCAUUGAGAUAUCGGAAACUACUAUAAGAAAUACGAGGUCAGUUAAAUUAUGGCAAAGUUGCGCAAUUUUAUGACCAAUAAAAUACCGUUUUGAAAAAUUCCGAAUACUUCCAAAGAUAUUCGGAAAAAACCGAAGUUUUGCAAAAUCAUUUCUAUUUUUUCUUGAGUUUAUUUGAAGAGCAAUUUUAAAAUAAAUGUCACUUCAUCGUUGUCAUUUUUUCCUCUUUACAAGAUGUUGCUACCAAAUUUCAGAUUCGACGUUUCGUCUUUGGGCGGCCAUCAUCAACUUUAUUUUUUCGGAUACGAUCCUGGAUUUUUUAUUUCAGCUUUUAAAUCUUCUGAUGUCCCAAAACCUAUGACGUAUCGCAAUUAUUUGAAAAAAUAUUUUUUCUAUUCUUUAGUAAUUUCCGAAGUAAUAUCCUACCAAUUGUCUUCUCUGUCAAACUCUAACACAGUUCUUAUGAAAAGUGCCAAUAAUAUAAAUGUUUCGAAUAAAUGCGAUACGUCAUAGGAUUUGGGAUAUCAGAAGCUCUUAAAAUCUGAAAUAAAAAAUCCAGGUCCGUAUUUGAAAAAAAAAGUUGAUGAUGGCCGCUCGAAAGACAAAAUGACGAAUCUGAAAUUUGGUAACAGCAUCUUGUAAAGGGCGAAAAGUGACAACGAUGAAGUGACGUUUAUUUUAAAAUUGCUCUUCAUAUAGACUUAGGAAAAAAUAAAAAUGAUUUUGCAAAAUUUCGGUUUUUUCCGAAUAUAGUAUUCGGAAUUUUUCAAAUUUCAAAACGGCAUUCUAUUAGUCAUAAAAUUGCGCAACUUUACCAUAAUUUAACCGACCUCGUAUCUCUUAUAGUUUCCGAUAUCUCAAUGGUCACCCUAAAAUUUGGGACUCCCUGUAUGUACAUAUUAUUUUAAUUAAUUUAAAACCAAUUUGAACUGCCAAUGUAAUAUCAUAAUAAUUAACAUGGGAAAUCAAUUAAUUUAAUAUCAUUGUUUUUUGACGAUUUUAAUGGUUUUCUUAUUUUUAGAUCGCUAUUAAAAUCCUUGAAAAACAAUUCAAUAUAUUGCAUUUCAUUUCUAAUUUUGUUUGAUUGGGAAAAAAUUUACAAGUAAAAUAAAUUAUUUAGGGUUUAAUAAAUCAAUAAAAACAAUGAUAGAAUAUGUUUAUAUCAUUUACAUAAAGAUACAGCAUUUUAACAAUAAAAAGAAUAACUUGGCCUAGAAUAAUUACUAGAACUAGAUGCAAUAAAAAAAUAAUUACAAUAUACCAACAACUAAUCUAGGUAUUAAUCUAAAGCUAAAAUGUAUAAAGAAAAGUUGUAAUACAGUCUUUGGAUAGAAAUGUGUAGGAAAUUGGAAAAAUUAUUUUAAAAUGGAUUUUAUUUCUAAAAGUUUUUUUUUUUUUUGGCAAAGUCCUUAUGAACGUUAGGGAAUCUAUCGCUCAAUUUCUCCCAUACUUAAUACUCAGAAAACUGGUAAUUUUGUGGACAAAAAAAAAAACACUUAAAGGUAAAAUUAAUUUAAAUACCAUGAAUAGACAGUUUUUGAACAGUGAAAUAACUGUUAAUCAAUUAUGCAUCCACUUAAAGUUAAACAAAACAAAUUUACAUAUUUUUUACAAACACCAAUAUAGGUAACUAAUUAAAAAAGCCUUGCCACAUUUAAAAAGAUUAUUAAAAAACUAUUAACAACUUGAAAAUGUUCGUCAACAGCCAAUUCAGUCAUUUUAAUAUAAUUUGCAAUUUUCCAAUAAUUAAUCUGCAUUAUCUUUGUCACUUGUCGCAUUUUCUGGGGGUAUUGGCUGUUUCCUAAUGCCAUCCUCGCCGUUUUCAAAAAUUUCAAUAUCACCAAAACUAACCCUUUUCGAAUGGGUUUUUCCAUUACUAUUGGCUUCUUUCAUGUUACUAGUCCCCAAUAUUUUACCAUUUUUGCUAAUAACAAUAUAAUUAAGUGGAAUCAUUCCACCUUUGCCAUUAUAAAAUGCAUAAGCCCAGCCAGUAUUUUUCAAAUUCAUUUCUUCUUGUAAAUAAGUAGGAGCAAGUAAAAGAUUAUCAUUUGUAUGUAUUGUCAAUUCAUUAGGCGAAGUUCCAACAAAGUCAAAACAAGCUUUGGCAUCAAUACCUGGAGAUUUCCAGUUGGCAGGAUCCAAUUUGUCUUCAUAUUUUGGUAAUAACUUACUAAUAAUGUAGGGGGCCGAUACGAUAACACCUAAAAAUGCUAGAGUAGGCCAACUAGAACCGGGUGGAGGUUUGGGGCUAGCUCCAUUAGCCGCUUCUUUCCAAGCCAGCGAACUGGCAUUAGCUGGCACUUUGAGACCCAUCAUUUGCCUCAACUUUCUGUACAACCAAGUAAUAAAUCUGAAUAUGUUUACGGAGUACCAUAUAUGGCCAAACAUUGUUCUUAAUUUGCCGAAAUUUUCAGCCACCCCUAAAAUAGCUCUAAAGGAGCUGGUCAUGGCAAAAAACGUAUUGUCCAGCAUCAUUGCCAAACUGUUAAAAGCCCGCACUACACUUUCCACACUGGCAAAAGUCUGUCUGGAACUAUCUUCUGCAUAUUGAAUGAAUCUUCUUUCGUGAUCGUCGGAUGAAUACCUUGGAUAAUCAAACAUACCAUUAUUAUUAUAACCACCAUAAGAUGACCCAUAAAGUGAACUUCUAUACGGUGUACCAAAUCCUCCAUAAGAACCAUACGAGCUCAUUGAACCAUAUGAAUUAUUAUUAUAUGGAGAGUAGGGCAUCGAAUAAGAACUUACAGCACUAGAUCCUAGAGUUAGAGGCCUGGGUGGUAAAACUGGAGCGGCCCUGCCGGGCAUCACGGUUUGAUUUCGUAAAAACUGCGAGGAAUUUUGCAAUAAUGGGGGAGCUGGUCCCCAACCGUUCGAAGAUGUCAUCAUUGGGGCUAUAUUAAUUGCUGUUCAAAGUCCACAAAUAUUGCCACUGUUUUAAUAUAACAUAUAAGGCCUAAUGAUACUUAUCACUAAGUACUCGAAAAAAAAAUUAAAUUCAUUAUCAGUAGAUGUAAUACGCGUACUUGUUUGAAUGAUGUUUUUUUUUUUUCUAAUUUUAAUUGUUUUGAUUUAUGAUUAUGACACUGCGGAAAACUGGUCAGCGGAAAACAAAACGAA